CUUGGCGGGCGGGGCUACUCUCUUCUCCAGCCUCCGCGGGCCGUCCAGAGCAGCGGAUAGGCGGCCGAGAGUCCUGGGGCCGCUGCUCCUCCUCCUCCAGUGCGGAGCUUCCCGGGGACGGCGGGGCGCCGGGCUCCCCUGCUUGGCGAGCUGGCAGCGGCUCCCGGCCGAGGCGGUUCCGAGACCGGCAGCGGCUGGGAGGCCCCGCCCCUCCCCGCAGACCCCACGCGCGCCCCCGGUCUCCUUGGCGACGGGGACGCGGCGGCAGUCGGGCGAGGCAGCGAUCGAGCCUCGAGCGGCGCCUGCUGGGCUUCGCGCGAUGCGCCCCGAGCGGUGGUAGCGCAUGCAGGGCUCGGGCUUCCCGCCGCUCGGCCACCUGCCGCACUGGCCGCGCGCGGGGCAGCCGGAGCGGCCCGGACGGUCCUUCGCGCCCGCCGGGCCCGGGCCGGCCGAGACCCCGCCGCCGCACACGCCGCCCUCGAGGCGGGCGGCCCCCGAGCUGGAACGCAGCCUGCAGUUCCUGCAGCAGCAACACGGCGAGACGCUCCGGCAUCUGCACCAGGAGAUCGAGCGGCUGAAGCGGCGCAACCAGGAUCUGCAGUACCGGCUCAUCAUGCAACCGCUGCUUCAGCAGGCAGGCUUCCUCUCCGCGGACAGCGAAGGCGCCUCUGCUGGCAGGGCCAAGGCGAAGCAGGCCGGCGGCGGCCGCAGGGAGUCGGAGGGGCGGCUGGAAGGUAGGCGCGGCGGUUACCCGGGAGGGGAGAUUUCAGCCGGGGGCGGCCGGCAGAUGAGCCGGGACGUAGCUGCCCCCCUCGGAGCAGUCCCGGGAGGCCGCCCGAUCCUCUGCCGGGGGCGUUCGCGGGUCAGGCUGCUCCCUCCAGGGGCUGCAAGGGGGUCCCUGGCUGGUCGCUCAGCCGGACGCCGCGAGAGGAGCCGCCGCGGAACAGCCUCGCCUCUGAUGGGGCUGCCCACCUCUCGACCUUCCUCGGGAGGUGCCGCCCUGGAGCUCGGGUCCGUCGGAUGCUGGGGCCUGCCCGGAGCACGGCCGGCCUUCGCGCCCGGAACUGGGCCGCUCGGGGUCCGCUUGCCUUCGGCCUGCCGGAGACCGCAGGGGGCUUGGUGCGGGCCGGCCAUGACUGGUGCCCCUGGCCGGUUUUGCGAGCGGCCGCCACGGCGUCUCCUCCUCUUCUUUUGCAGAUGCGGAGCCGAAGGGCGGCGAGGACGAGGCUCCGGCCGAAGAGGAGGAUGCCGCGGAGGGGAGCCCCGAGUGGGAGAGGGACGCCGAAGGACUCACUGCGGAGCCCCAGGAGGCGGCGGCGGCGGCAGCCCCGGCCAGGUGGGAGAGCCGGCCCAGCCGCCGCAUCUCUCCGGGCCCCGUGAGCAGCGGAAGGGGGGAAGCUUGGCUCGCCGGCCAGGAGCCCUUGAGACCCUCGCGACCGUUCCUGGCACGGAGGAAGGGGCCCUGCUGCCCGCCUGGAGUCCCCCAAGCGGGGGGAGAUCGGGGGCGGCUUUGCACGGAGCCGGAGACGCUGCUGUCUGCGACCGGAGGAUGUCACCGAUGUCUGUGCUUCAUCUGCCAGCAAGCCAGAGCAGGGCUGGAGACGUGAAAAUCCCCUCUGCAUCUUCCAACCCUUUCUUGGUGAACGUACUGCCUUCCUACAUGCGGAAGCCCCCCAGCCUGGAGGAAUGUGAGGUGGUGAUUCGCCAGCUGUGGAACAUUAACCACAUGCAGAUGCAAGAGGUGAGGCCUUUGCUCACUGGUGGUGCCACAGAUGCGCUGGGCAGGAGGGCUCUGCGAGAGCCAUUUUCUCUUCUCUUCCUGCAGCUGAUGUACUUGAGAUCAUGCCUGGAUGAUAUACACAAGACCAAAAGAAUUCCUGAAGAUUACAUGUUAGCUGGUCAACUUGGGAGCCAGGAGAACACCAAGUUGCCCAGAGUGAGGAAUGCCCCAAAGAAAUGCCGGAUCCUGACCCCGCUGCCUGCUGCCGAAAGAGCUGUGCUGCCCGCCCUGAAGCAGACGCUGGGGAACGCUUUUGCCGAGAGGCAGAAGCGAGCACAAGCCGUUCAGAGGAACAGGCUGCACAGGACCGCCAUGUAGCCAGGAGAACCCCCACAGCCGCCUCUGCAGCCGGCUGCCUUUGGGACCCCCCACAUGAGCCCCUCAGGCUGCUUCCAAGGCCUUUUCCCCUCAUUUUUGUUAGACUUUGUGUUCAUGCUCGCUGCACUACAGACAGCCACAGUUCUAGUGCUUAAUUGCUAAGGAUGCUUUUCCUUCCAAAGAAAGCGGUCUCCUCCUGCUUCAAUAGCAUAAUUGGAGGCCCAACAUAGGCGAGCCUGUUUAGAUCAAAGGGAUUUGUGAAAAUGUAAACGUGGGUUGGCAAAAAAAGGCUGGGUGUUAAAUACUGUAACAAUAGAUUUAUUACAAUAAAACAAUGAUUUGUGUCUGAAAGAUUGCGCCUGUUAUACUACAAUUAAUCAGCAUCUUGCAAAGUAAUUACUUGAAAAUCUUCAAAAUGACAGAGUGCUCAGAGAUUGAAAGAAGGGGCAGCAUCCAAAAGGCUGUCUUAACAAUGCCAACAUUCGGAAAGGUGGACAGUCCCAUUCCUGAAACUGAAAUG